GGGAGGGAGGGAGCCAGCGAGCUAAGGAGAGAGGCAGGCUCGGCGAGGCCAUGUGAUGCUAGGCGAGAGAGCCGUUGCCACCAGAGCCUCCUUCUUUCCUCCCUCGGAUUGCGGGCUGUCAUGGCGACCCCCAACAACCUGACCCCCACUAACUGCAGCUGGUGGCCCAUCUCGGCGCUGGAGAGCGACGUGGCCAAGCCUGCGGAGGCCCCAGACGCGCCAGAGUCCGCCAGCCCCGCCCAUUGGCCCCGGGAGAGCCUGGUUCUGUACCAUUGGACCCAGUCCUUCAGCUCACAGAAGGUGCGGCUGGUGAUCGCUGAGAAGGGGCUGGUGUGUGAGGAGCGUGAUGUGAGCCUGCCGCAGAGCGAGCACAAGGAGCCCUGGUUCAUGCGGCUCAACCUGGGCGAGGAGGUGCCAGUCAUCAUCCACCACGACAACAUCAUCAGCGACUACAACCAGAUCAUAGACUACGUGGAGCGCACCUUCACUGGAGAGCAAGUGGUGGCCCUGAUGCCGGAGGCCGGAAGCCCUCAGCACGCGCGGGUGCUGCAGUACCGGGAGCUGCUAGACGCGCUGCCCAUGGACGCCUACACGCACGGCUGCAUCCUGCACCCCGAGCUGACCACCGACUCCAUGAUCCCCAAGUACGCCACGGCCGAGAUCCGCAGACAUUUAGCCAAUGCCACCACUGACCUCAUGAAACUGGACCACGAAGGGGAACCUCAGCUCUCUGAGCCCUACCUUUCUAAACAAAAGAAGCUCAUGGCCAAGAUUCUGGAGCAUGAUGACGUGAGCUACCUGAAGAAGAUCCUUGGGGAGCUGGCCAUGGUGCUGGACCAGAUCGAGGCUGAGCUGGAGAAAAGGAAGCUAGAGAAUGAGGGACAGAAGUGUGAGCUGUGGCUGUGUGGCUGUGCCUUCACCCUUGCUGAUGUCCUCCUGGGAGUCACUCUGCACCGCCUCAAGUUCCUGGGACUGUCCAAGAAAUACUGGGAAGAUGGCAGCCGGCCCAACCUGCAGUCUUUCUUUGAAAGGGUUCAGAAGCGCUUUGCCUUCCGGAAAGUCCUGGGCGACAUCCACACCACUCUACUGUCAGCCGUUAUCCCUAAUGCCUUUCGGCUGGUCAAGCGAAAACCGCCCUCUUUCUUUGGGGCAUCCUUCCUCAUGGGCUCCCUGGGUGGGAUGGGCUACUUUGCCUACUGGUACCUCAAGAAAAAAUACAUCUAGAGCCAGCCUGGGCUGGUAUCUGACUGUC